AUGGCAAGUACUUCAAGCAGGAAAGCGACGACGAGAAUGCCAUCGCGCUCAAAGCUAACGGCCAAUAAUGUUGCUCCUACGUCGGUAGCGCCCCAUGAAUUCGUAGAUAAAUUGAUGGACAUAUCUACCUGCACGGAUAGCUUGCACAAGCAGCUGAUGGCAACACUGCAGCCUAAAUCCCCAGGCCGUGCAAACGGCUCUUCAUUGGCCGAACGCGCGACCUUGGCGUUGAGGUGCUGCAACGCAUGCUUGAAGUCAUUCGCUAGCUUAUCGAGAUCUGCGAGCGAAGGUAACAUCAAAAAGGAAAACCUACCGCAUCUUGUGGCAUGUGCUAGGGUAUCACUCGAAACGCUACGCGAGCUUGAAGAUUCACUCCCCACCAAAGGUGUUGAUAUCUGCAGAGCGACAUUGAAGUGCGUCGAGGAAUGUAAUCUGCUAGGAUUUACAAAAUCCGCUUUGCUGGAAUUGAUUGCCUUACAUCCGUUUCUCUGUCGUCAACUAUGUAAAGACGCAGCAACACCUAUACAAGUACCUCCAAACAAGCCACAAGGUAUAUUGCUACACACGAUUCCCAAGGAGACGCUAUCAACAGAGCUUGCAAACGUACAACUGCUUUACUUCCAAUUAUCGACACGCAUUCUUCUCUCUCUACCGAAUGUUGACUUACUUGCACUAUCGAGCGUUCUAAGCAGUCGUGGCUCAUUGAUCUCUCAGUUACCAUCGCUAAGGCAUUCGUUGAAGAUGGAGCAGUAUGCUAAUGGAACUAGCACUCUCUACAAGUUGCUAUGUAGAGCCACAACUGACGAAACCAAACCUUCGUCAUCUACUGCUCUCAUUCAUUUCAAAAUCAGGUCAAAAGCGCUGAUGCUCAUUAAUCACAAUCACAAUCUUGACUUGAAUCUUUGGUGGACUCAAGGCUGGAAGUUUGGCUUGUCAUUGCUGAGAUCAGCUGAGGAUGCUCUGACACCCUACACAAACGAGGUCAAGCCUUUUUGGUCUAAAAUGGUUGAGUUUGCACAAGAUCGUAACCACUCAAGGUUCAUUGAGGAGAACGGAUGGAUUGAGUUCUGUGAGGGCUGGAUGGGUAUAGCAAAGAAGCUUGAAGAUUUACCUUCUUUGAAAUUACUAGCCCAGCUUCUGUCAAAUGAGCAUCAAGUCAACACAGAAGAAACCGACAACCUAGCCACAGACAUGUCAUCCUUAAAUUUGACAGGUGAUGCCGAAAGCCUUUUCGCUAAGUACAACGUGAUUUUGCUGACAGCUACCGCUAACUUGGCAUCAAAAUCGAACAUGCAAGACCUCGAGGAGAAAGAAUGUUCCAAACUCACUCACGUGUUGGAUUCUUUAAAGUACCUUAAUCUUGACGACGGAAAAUUGCACAAAACCGAGAAAAUCAUUGAUGGUAUUCGAAGAUCAUUGUACCAUAAGUUAUCGCAAUUUAGCGAAAUCAACGAAUCGAACGCUAAAGCCUUAAAUCUUUACGACGGCAUCGCACUUUGGACAGAGUAUCAUCUCAAGCAAAGCAGAGCAUUGUCUCCCCCAAUUCUGUAUGGUACACUAGACUCGCUACUACAGCUUUCUCAACUUUCGCUGAAAGAUAGCCAAACCUCUUUCUCCUAUCUAAUUAGAGCAUUGGAGUUUAUCGAACCAUUGAGGUCACCACAGGCCAACAGACUUCUCGCCUCAGCAUUUUGGAACUGGUCAUGUGUACUAUUUCAGGAUGGUAAAGCAGGUACAGAAGCACAAUGCAUUCCUGCAGUCGAAAGCUGCUUACAUGUCGCUGAGUAUGGGAUCAGAAUGUGUAAAGACAGCAUUUCAAGGCAACCAAACGAAGAUCUAGUUAAAGGUGACAAAGAGAUAUUAAAUAUCAUGAUCGAUCAACGGCCUAGACGUUAUGAGCUACUAGCAAUUUGCUAUUCAAAGGUUCACGACAACCAUUCGGCCUAUGAUGCCUUUAGCAAAUCAAUCAUAUGCUCACUGCAAACGACGUCACCACCAAUAAACACUGAAACGGGCGAUCUUAAUGAUUCUCAAAACUUCCAAGCUAUCGUUAAGAAAGCUAUGCAAAUCGGACUAUCGAAACUCAUGUUGAAACCGCAAGAAAUUUCUUUCAAUAGUCGUGCAGAGGAUGAAAAUAUCGAGAAAAAUGUCAAGUGUAGUUUAAUAGAGUUACAAGUGGGACAAAUUGAAGAGCGUGGGUGGUCGGAUCGUGAUACCUGCUCCGCAAUUCUCUUCAUGCUGCUAGAGUUGAUCAGCCCUAGCGGAUACAGUGUGGAGGAGCAUCCUCUUAGGAGGGUGAUCGUACUUUUAAGAUUGAUGGAGCAGGUUGUACUUGGUCCUUCAGUUUUUCUUGACGAUAUGCAGAUACCGGCGCCAGAAGUCAUAUUCGAAGAAGUUCGGUCAAUUUUACAGGGUCAAGAUUACAAAGAAGAUGACACAUUCAAAGUCUACACAAUGAGUUUCAUGUUAUCCGCUCAUAUGUAUUUAGCUAUAUACUACUACAGAUCGAGUGAUACCGCACUAGAAGGUUCAUCUUCAGCCUUGAGAGAAGCAAGACAUACAAAGGAAAUAUUAAAGUCACUUUUAGGUACCGGAUCUCAAAGAAAGAGCUCUAUCAUGAGAGACAACAACUUACAUUCUCUUCUUCCCCCAAGUCAGAACAGUAAAUCAAACGACGCAGCGCCGAAAACUCGUAAUGGUUCAGUGAAUCAAACAGCAGAUACGCGCACAACUCGUAGCCGUACAGCGGCAUCAGCUACAAAUCAGUCUUCUAAACCAGCGACGGCCCGCCCUGUUCGUCCGGUUGCUGCUACAAGGAGAGUAGUCAAACCAUCAACCAUAAAGAAUGCAGUAACGUCGAAUAAAGGUAUCAAAGAAACUAAAGUAGAAGUUUCCAAAAAUAACCUCGUCUAUGAUAUUGAGAGGUGUUAUAAUGCGCUACAGAUGGUAACUGAGAUGCUCGGGGUACUAGGACACACAUUUCUUAGACUUGAUUUUCUCAAGCUACUUAGGAAACUUUGUCAUAGUCAGCAACGGAAUGGCAACAACAGUUCUGAAGACUAUUUGUUAGCAUCAACAACGUUAGCAGCAGAGUAUGUCAAGAUUGGUAAGAUUUAUCGAGCAGGUUCCGUAUUUGCACAGGUUGCUACAAUGAAGGAAGCGGAAGUACCAUCAGAUAAAACAUCAGAGUCUUGGAUAGCUUCUCAAAUGGAAUUCAAAUUGAGAUACUCUGAGUACUUGGCUAUCACAGGAAAUGUUGAGAAGAGCUUGAUUGCGUACAAUGACGCCUAUGCCCUCAAAGAGCUGUAUGAUGCUACUGUCGACAAGGAACACCUGAAAAAUCCAUUGACGAGGACUUUGAAUUUUGAAAGGACAGCAAUUGCAGCUACAGUAUAUGCAUCAAUAGCUUACAAUCGAGAAGAUGUACCAACUGCAUUAAAAUGUCUAGCUCAAGCGCUAAGAUUAUUUAAUAAUGCCGCACGUCAAUUGUCUAAGUUGACUCCAACAAUUGAUUCGUCAUCGAAUAAAGACAACGAUGAUCCGUUUUCAAUGGAUGUAGACGAGAAAAAGGCUAGGCAAGUUAGCUCUCAUUCAAAUGUGUUUGAGAAUAGACGCUGUACGGGCCUUCAUUGGAGAAUAUCGCAGUCACUAUUUGAUUGCUUGCUGUUACUGUCAACAAUUUACACUAGCAGAGGAUCUUCAAGAGAAGCAGGUUUCUUUCUUGAUCAGGCUUUCGAGCUCACAGAAACGUUAGCAUCGCCAAACUUUAAUGCAAAGAUCAAUGCAGCUAAGGCAGAGCUUAAUAUGUCUUUGUCUAACUUAGAUGAAGCUAAGAAAGAGAUUGAUAUGGCUUUACUUUCGUUAGGUGGACAAGAUGACACAGAGUCGUCUGUUUUGAUCAAGAAAGCGAAAGGAGACUUACUGUUCAAGUUACAGUCUAACGUUGAUGCAUCCGCAGGUUAUCUUUCUGCUUGUCUAAUUUUGGAGAGAUUAGACAAAACUUACAGUGAAGCAGAAACACUGUUUACAUCACCCAAGAAGACUGUUAGUGCUAAAAGUGAAUCCAAUCUUUUAACGGACUAUGAUCCAUUACUACCUGAUAUUUUUGGACAUUUGUUGCGUCAAAGAAUAUGGCUGCUUAGUGAAGACGAGAAGAAUAAUGAAAGCCAAAAGCUUUUGGAUAGGUUGUUCGAUUUUCCAGCAACAUCAACCAAUAAAGCAGAAGAAAAUAUGCUUUUAGGUAAAAUGCGAUUAAGAGAGGCGUAUAAUAGCUUCCAGAGUGACUUGUUUAUGUCGUCUCUAUCAGAUGCUUUGAUAUCAAUACCAUGUGGAUCAACGUCAAGUAAUACUUCCAAUCGCUUGACAUCGCGCCAACCAAGCAUAGAAACAUUAGCGGAUGCUGAAAAAUUUUUCACGAGUGCACUCGAAUUGAAUAUUGAUAGGGCUCCUGUUAAAGACAUUAGACAGGCUUGUCUAGCAAUCGCAUUAAUCAAAUCAUUUCAAACAUCACUUGGUAAGGUUAGUAAAAGCAAUUCAACAUUAGCAGCGGCAUACUUAGAUCUUGGGUCGGCCAUUACAUUACGUAGAGAGCUUUUGGAGGUGAUUGAUAAUAAAUUGGCUACUAAUGAAGCUCGAAAUGAUAUGAAUUGGCCUGCUAUAGAUCAACUUAGUUCAAUGAGAAUGCUCACACCUUUAAAUAAACGAUCAAAGAAGUUGUUCAUGCCUUCACCUUCACCAUUAGGGUCACCAAUGUACGAGAAAGACAAUCUUUUUAACGAGGAUCUAAAGAUCAACAAGUACUGGGAGGGUGUAAGAAUGAGGCACGUUAAGGAGUUUUCAGAACCUGAGCAGGGUGUGCGCGAUACUAUCAAUAAAUUACCAAGGAACUUUACAGUAAUCUCAAUAUCAAUAACCGAUGAUAAAAAAACAAUGUUCGUUGUGAAGUACAGAAAGAAUUUAGAACCGUUGGUAGUUUCACUACCUUUAGACAACAGACAAAACAAGCGUGAAGGUGGCGGAGAAGAAGGAGCAUUUACUUAUAUGGAUGCAAUGAAUGAACUCGAGAGUGUCAUUGAAGAGAGCGAUGAUUCAAUCAAAUCAGCAAGUGAUGGUAAUGUCAAAAGUGAUGAUGAAAAGGUUGCAUGGUGGAAUAAGCGCAAAACAUUAGAUUCAAGGAUGAGACAAUUGGUGAAGAAUAUUGAGUUUUGUUGGUUAGGAGUAUUCAAAUCAUUGUUUAUCAAACCAACUGCAACGUCAGAAAGUGCACUUAAUGGAUUGAGAGGAUGUCUCGAGAAAGUAUUUAAGAAGCAUAUCCAUACCAGCGGAAGAAAGAAGCCAGUUACUAAAGUGAAGUUGGAUGAUGCAUUACUAGAAUGCUUCUCAGCUUUAUCUACAAAUUGCAAAGAUGAGGAGCUUGAAGACUUGAUAUACUUUGUUUUAGAUAUCUACUUAUUCCAUGGAAUACAAUUAGCGCUUUCGGAGAUUGAUAUUGAUCAAGCCACAAUUGAUAUUCGUAGCGCAUUGGAAGAGUAUCACAAUAAGUAUGCUGAUAAUAAAGAUGAAGGCAAAGUGGAGCAUACCUUUAUAACAUUGGAUAAGUUAACACAAUCUAUGCCAUGGGAAUCUAUACCUGGAUUAAGAAAUCAAAGUGUUUCAAGGAUACCAUCAGUAGGUUUCUUGAGAGAUAGACUAGAUUAUAUCAAUUUCUUGAAUCAGGAUAGAUUAUAUGUCAAUCCAAGGAAUACUUACUGUUUGAUUAAUCCUUCUGGAGACUUGAAGCGAACAGAAAAGAAGUUUGGCGGAUGGUUUGAAGAAAUGAAAGCAUUUGGAUGGAAAGGUAUAGUUGGGAGAGAGCCACUUGAGGUGGAGUUGUCGAAUGCGUUAGAAACAUCAGAUUUAUUCAUCUACUUUGGACAUGGAGGUGGACAGAAAUACAUUAGAUCACAGAAGAUAAGGAAUAUGCCCAAGUGCGCAAGUACGAUGUUAUGGGGAUGCUCAUCAGGAUCAUUGAAAAGCAAUGGAGAUUUUGACAGUAAUGGCAAUCCAAACAACUAUCUGUUGGCCGGAUGUCCUUGCUUAGUAGCUAAUUUGUGGGAUGUCACAGAUAGAGAGUGA